UCUCUUCUUCUGUGGCUGAUAGGUGACAAUUACGUUGCUUGGAAUUUGGGCAAGAAUCUGUUUUUUUUUUUUUUUGGAUGCAGAAGCCGAUUAAUCAAGCAUCAAGAAAAGUAUAAAUAAACCGGAAGAGAAGCGGUUCACGUCUGCACUUAGUCCUAAAGGCUGGGUCGACAGGCCACUGUAUUUCGGAGAUUCUUUUGCUUCUUCUCCGGCGAAGGAACGGGAAAGUGCAGAGCCAGAUAUGGCUUCCUGGAAUUCCGGUCCACUCGAACUCACGUACGAACUACUGGGUUGGUUCGCUUUUUCCUGCUGGUCUAUCAGUUUCUACCCUCAAGUUUUCUUAAACUGUCGCAGGAAAAGUGUUGUGGGGCUCAACUUUGAUUUUGUGCUGUUGAAUCUGACGAAGCACUCUUCCUAUCUGAUCUACAACGCGUCUAUGUACUUCAGUUCCGCUGUUCAGAAGCAGUAUUUUGAGGAAUACGGUUAUGGAGAGAUGAUACCAGUGGCUGCAAACGAUGUUGCUUUUUCAGCCCAUGCCGUGCUAUUGACUGCAGUUACCUUGUUCCAAAUUUUAAUCUAUGAACGAGGAACUCAGAAACUCUCCAAAGUUGCUAUUGGAAUUGUCUCGGUAGUAUGGCUUACUGCUGCAGUUUGUUUCUUCAUUGCUUUGCGUCAUCACUCCUGGCUUUGGCUUCUCUCCUGCUUCAACACAAUCCAAGUAUUUAUGACGCUUGUGAAAUAUGUUCCUCAGGCAAUCAUGAACUUCAAGAGAAAAAGUACGGAUGGCUUCAGCAUUUCCAACAUUAUGCUUGAUCUUUCUGGCGCCAUAGCCAACUACGGACAGAUGGUUGUGCAGUCCAUAGAUCAAGGUUCAUGGAACAACUUCUAUGGGAAUAUAGGAAAACUGUUGCUGUCUCUGGUGACUGUAUUCUUUGACACGUUCUUCAUCUGCCAACAUUUCGUGUUAUAUCCUGCAAAGAAAACUUACAAAUCGGUGGCUUUAGCGGAACCUGAGGAUGACAUCAAAGAGCAUCUUGUGUCAGAGAAUGUGUAAAGCAUUGGUAUACUUGAAAGAUAAUUGUUUGGGUGAAGGCCUGCACUCAAAAUCUGGGAUGGUUUUUUCACAUUCCAUACAUACACAUCAGCAGGAUAGCCAUCAAUUAGAAUGGUCUCCUCUUAUUAAUUGCUUUUGUAUAUUUUAUGUUAUAUAUGAUUCCUUAUGUAUGUUGUGGAUGCUGUAUAUAUUAUUCAAGCAUGCAUCAUCCAUAUUGUAUACGUUGCAGUGUUUGUAUCAUUAAUGUAUAAUGAUUUCAAUUGCACAUUGAGAGCUGCGUAUAACAUUCAAAUAUCAGAUUUGUAAUCAACAAAUUGGCUAACUGGGAGGUUAAGAUCUUCCUCCCAAUAUCAGCAAAGGUCAGGUUUAAUUAGAGAGUCCGAAGACCUUGCUAUCCCGGAUGUAUUAAACACUUGAUCAAUGUUAAGCACGUUUCUGAAUUUC